GAAAUGGGUGCACAAUUUAUUUGAAUGGGAAAUAUGGGCACAUAUUUGUACCAUGACUCAUGCAUUGAAUGUUUCAAUAAAUAAUGCUGCUGCAUCUUUAAUUUGCUAACCCAAAAAAUCUUAUUCUUAUGCUAACAAGAAUAAAAUUUGGUAGUUGAGCAAAGAUAAAGUGAAGGUUACAAGUUUAUAUUAAUAGUACUCUCAAUUUAGUUUAUAUAGAUACACAAAAACUUUAACAACUCACAUUCAUCUAGUACUUUUUUCUUAAGAAAUUUUUUCUAACCAUUUUUUGUUUUUGGUUAAAUCAUGGUGGGAAGCAUUUUAGGAAAGAUUAAUAGUAACACAUACUCAAAUGGGUCAUCUCAGAAUCAUAAUAAUGGAUUAGAGGAUAAGCUUGAUGAGUUUAGGAGAUUAAUUGGCAAAACUAAUGGUGAUCCAUUAAGAAUUGUGAGUGUUGGAGCUGGUGCUUGGGGAAGUGUUUUUGCAGCACUUUUACAAGACACUUAUGGUGAAUUUAGAGACAAAGUACAAAUCAGAAUAUGGAGAAGAUCAGGAAGAAAAGUUGAUAGAGAAACUGCUAAACAUCUCUUUGAAGUUAUUAAUUCAAGAGAAGAUGUUUUAAGAAGGUUGAUAAGAAAUUGUGCUUAUUUAAAAUAUGUUGAAGCAAGACUUGGUGAUAGGACAUUAUUUGCUGAUGAGAUUCUUAAAGAUGGUCUUUGUUUGAAUAUGAUUGAUACUCCUGUUUGUCCUUUGAAAGUUGUUACUAAUUUGCAAGAAGCUGUUUGGGAUGCUGAUAUUGUUGUUAAUGGUUUACCUUCGACCGAAACUCGAGAGAUUUUCGAAGAGAUUAGUAAGUAUUGGAAGGAGAGGAUUAGUGUUCCUAUUAUAAUUUCUUUGUCUAAAGGUAUUGAAGCUGCAUUGGAGCCUGUUCCUCAUAUUGUAACUCCUACAAAAAUGAUUCAUCAAGCAACUGGAGUGCCUAUGGAGAACAUACUUUAUCUUGGUGGUCCAAAUAUUGCCUCAGAAAUCUACAACAAGGAGUAUGCAAAUGCUAGAAUUUGUGGAGCUGAGAAAUGGAGAAAACCUUUAGCAAAGUUUCUUAGACAACCACAUUUUAUUGUAUGGGACAAUAGUGACCUUGUUACUCAUGAGGUCAUGGGUGGCUUGAAAAAUGUCUAUGCAAUUGGAGCUGGAAUGGUUGCAUCCCUUACCAAUGAAAGUGCCACUAGCAAAUCAGUGUACUUUGCACACUGUACUUCAGAGAUGAUAUUCAUCACUCACUUGUUAACCGAAGAGCCUGAGAAACUUGCUGGACCAUUACUAGCUGAUACUUAUGUGACAUUGCUAAAAGGUCGUAACGCGUGGUACGGUCAAAUGUUAGCUAAGGGUGAACUAAGCCCUGACAUGGGUGUCAACAUUAGUGGCAAAGGAAUGAUUCAGGGAGUAUCUGCAGUGGAAGCAUUCUUUCAACUUUUGAGUCAAUCGAGCCUGAAUGUGUUGCAUCCUGAAGAAAAAAAGCAUGUUGCUCCUGUUGAGCUCUGUCCUAUCUUGAAGACACUCUACAAAAUAUUGAUAUCAAGGGAACAAUCAACACAAGCUAUUCUGAAAGCUCUGAGGGAUGAAAAUCUGAAUGAUCCGCGAGAACGCAUUGCGAUUGCACAGAGUCAUGCUUUCUACAGGCCUUCACUUCUUGGACAACAGUGAUUGUCUUCACUUGGCAAAAACAAAUGUGGAUGUAACCAUUUAUAGGAAACAUUAGUCAAAGGAGACAUAAAUCAUAUAUGUACUGGUAUUAUUUUGUGACGAGUUUUCUUGUAUUA